GAGUGUGAAAUUUGAGAUUGUAGGGUUGUUUGUGUUCCACUGGCAGAUUGAAAACUAAUGCUAUUGUCGGAAUUUCCAUGCAACUUCCAGCAUUCAUUGAUCUUGCCAUUAAAGAGUUGACAGUGAAUUACAAUGGAUUUGUGAUAUCAUUUAAGCAUUAUCUAACGUGGUUUUAGGGUAAUUCUAAACUCCAGCAAAGUCAAUGGAUAACAUUCUAUAAUGGUCAUUAUUUUGAUAUCGAAUGCAAAAUGCACCCAAUUAUUUAAUGUUAUAACUGCGCAGCUACAGAUAGGAAAUCAAUUUUCAAGCUUUCAGACAGUAAUUCAUACAGCUUGGAAUUUGUUUUUCCGGGGAGUAUGAAUAACUAGCAUUCGGAUUAAAGCACAGUCCAUAUUGGGAAUGCAACAUGGUAGAGAGACACUAGUGAGAUUAGAUGUUGGUUGUAGAGGAUUAAUGUAACACAUCUAAAACUGAAUUGAAUCAGAUAUAGAGGAUGAGCUGAUGGACCAGGGAAAUUCCGUCUGUUCUUGUACAGGAAAGCUGCUCCUGUUGUUGAUCUGGACCAGUUGCUAUCUGGCCCAGACAACCAACAGCACAAAUUCAAAACCCACCUCAGGAUGGACCUUCUCAAAGAACCAGUCUUAUGUGGCCUUUUCACCCAAUCUCACUUUAGAACAAGACCAGCAAAUUAAGUUCAGCUUUAGGACAAGAUCACCCAAUGGAUUACUAUUCUGUCACUUAGUGGAACAAUUUAAUCAAAGUUUUCAUCCUUUACUAAGGAACUAUCAUUUCUGUGCAGAAUUAAGCCAUGGAUAUUUACAAGUGACAUACAACCUUAACCAGAUUUUUGAUGUGAUUAAACUUGGGAGAGCAUUGGAUGAUGACAGCUGGCAUACCGUGGAUGUAUUCUUGGAAACAACAAUGGGUAAAAUAGUUGUUUCCCUUGAUGAUCUUCCAAGCACUUCAAGAUAUCUGAGAGCAUACACGCAGAUAGUAAAUGUAAAAGAUAUAUUGGACUGGACACAAUUGAAAUCUGUGGUAUCCUAUGCAGGAUUGCCUCAUUCAGUACCCAUAGAAUAUCACCAGUUCAUUGGGUGCCUGCAGUCUCUAAAGUACCGUGAACUUAUUGAAGUGACAUGGGAAGUAUCCCCCAGCAUUGUAAUGCAGGCUACGCCCGGAUGUCAGGACCUGUGCCAGGAAGAAGAAAACCUGUGCGGGGAGGGGCGGUGCGUCAACCUGUACACCUCCACCCACUGUGACUGCUUCUCUCUGAAGAGGGAGGGAGAAAAGUGCCAAAACUCCGAUGUGACUGAAAUUACACUCCACGGCUAUGAAUGGUUGACCUACCAGCUGUAUUCCAAAACAGAGAAGACCUUACGUGACAGAAACCGAUUCAGCUUACAGUUCAAAUCAGAUCGUGGGUCUGGGGUACUUCUCUAUGCUGUUGGUAGUAUAGACGCAGGUGAGAGCAUAAAGCAACACCACUCUCAUGUCAUUGCUUCCGUCCACCAGGGAGAGGUCAAGGCUUCUGUUGCAUUUGGGAACGACAUUCUGGAACAGACUAUGGGCAUAGGUGUAGAUGAUGACAGAUGGCACAACCUGACCAUUGUCCAUGAGAAAGUGAAAGUAGAGUUUUAUCUGGAUGGUGUUCGUUACAUUCAUGAGACUGUUAAUGAUGUGUAUUACCUCGGCCUGGAUCCAUAUAUCUACAUUGGAGGAGGAAAAAACUUUGUACAGACAUUAGGACUUCAAGUGAGGCAGAACUUUGUCGGAUGUAUGAAAAACAUUUACAUCAAUGACUAUUCCAUUCUGUAUGAACUCCGAAGUAAUAUUUCCACAAGUCAGCUCCAUGGCAGUACAGAGAUCCAAUAUGGCUGCCACAAAGUAGACAACAUUCCUUUGACUUUCCCACGUUCCAAAUCCAUCCUGUACCUCUCGGGGUAUUAUGACAGCACCUUUAGUGUCCAGUUUGAUUUCAGGACUGUACGGGAGACUGCUAUUUUACUAUCUGUCAAAAUUCAGACAAUUGAUUCUUAUGGAUAUCCAGUUAAAGGAUAUUUUGAGGUGUGGAUUAACAAGACCCUUCCUAUGACCAAGUUUGUAAGAUCCAUGUACUACGACAGCAGUGUCAACACUUCUCUGUUGCCUGUCAACAUCAGCAACAACAAGUGGCACCAGCUGUCCUUUCAACUCAAACAAGGGCAGGUGAAAAUUGCCGUGGAUAACCUGUCUUUGCCAUCACUGUUUAUUGGAAAUGACUCUCAAGUUGAUAAGAUUAUAGAGAUAGGUUAUGGAGUUCAUAGAAUUUAUGAAGAUUUUGUAGGGUUCGUUGGCUGUGUCAGAAAUGUGGUUAUACAGGGGCAGUACUUGGAUCCCAUCAAUUUGAUGGAAAAACCCCCGUCAGAGGGUUUUCACAGUGGCCUCAUUCUGGAUGGAUGUAAAUUGAUUGACCAAUGUCAAGUUCAUCAUCACUGUCAGCAUGGUGGGCGGUGCCUGUCAGACUGGGAUGGGGUGUCCUGUGACUGCUCUAGCAGUGCUUACCAAGGAAAAUACUGUCAGUUUUCAAGGUACAGAAGUACUUGUGACAGUUACUAUCAGAGUGGAUGGAGAAGAUCAGGUGUUUACAUCAUUGAUGUGGAUGGCAGUGGCCCUGUUGAGCCAACAUACAUCAACUGUCAGAUGGGCAUUAAGGAAGACGGAGAUUAUUAUGGGCAAUCAGUGGUAGAACACAACCUUAACAACCAUACUCAGGUCAGGGGAACUACACUGCCUGACUUGAUGAUAAGGCUCACCUACAGAGAGAUGGAGUUUGUGGAACUACAACAAUUGACCAAAACCUCAGCCUGGUGUGAGCAAUACAUCCAGUACCGAUGUGUCAAUGCUCCUAUAGGACUAGGAAAUCUGACCAACUUCAAGUCAGUUGAUGGGACAGUGGUCCAGUACAUUGGUGAUGUUGACCAAACUUUCUCUCCUGGCUGUUCUAAGAGGGCCUGCAACUGUGACAGUGAAGAUUUGGUGUAUCAAGAAGACAGUGGUUUCAACAGGAUUACAAGUCAGCUGCCUAUUAGCGAAGUGUCUGUGUACCAGUUUACAGAUUUUAUAGCACCAGAAUCCAUAGGGACUCUAACCAUUGGACCUCUAAAAUGCUGGGGAAAUAAGGAAAGUCUAAGUUCUUCAGCUGUGACAUUUGUGACAGAAGACUCCUUUUUGAAGUUACCAGGAUGGAUUUACGGAGAUUUGGAGUUUAGUUUCCGCACCCACCAGAGCACUGGUUUACUGAUGUAUCAAUCCUCAUUCAAUGGAGACUGGUUCAGAGUCACAUUAGAAGCAGAGGAUGCCAUAAGAAUGGAAAUUCAAAUCAAAGGAAGUUUAAUUCUGAGUGAGUCAUUGGAUGCUGACAAACUAUUGAAUGAUGGGGACUGGCACAGGGUAACUUUAGAACUCAGUUCUCAUGAGGUUCGAUGUGGGCUUGACUCCCAAAGAAGGAUUGUGUCCAUUCCUUUCCAUAAUAAUAUUACAUUUGAUGGGCUACUUUACCUUGGAGGUAAAAUAUACGACAGUGGAUCUUAUGACAGUUUUCCUGGUUUGACUGGUUGUGUGAAGGGCCUGGUGUACAAUGACAGACUUAGGAAUCUUACCCAUGAUGUUUAUGAUGACAUGCCAGGCAUACUAAGCGGAUGUAGACCUCGUUGUUUACCAGAUCCCUGUCAAAAUGGAGCACAGUGUGUGGAGAAGUGGAAUGGUUUUCAAUGCGUCUGUACAAAUAAGUGGGCUCACUCAGGCCACAGGUGUGAGAUAAACAUUAAUGAAAAUGCAGUAACUAUCACUGGAGAAAAGACAGCCUUCUUAGACUUGCGAGUCAGCACCAACCCUUUGGAGAUGGAGGAGAGAAUAAUCUUCAGUUUCCGUACACAGGUGUACAGGGCUCUCAUCUUCUAUAUGUAUGAUGAACUGAACAACUUCAUUCAACUGGAGGUGGUGGAGGGCAAAAAGUUACGUCUCAGUAGAAACAACUUCCAGCAGAUCUUCUUCAACGAUAUAGAGAUUCCAGGAAUCACAAAACCAAACUGGAAACAAGUUGUUCUGGAUCCCUCAAAGAUAACUGUUGAUGGAAAAAUUACUUUUCUGAACCUAUACAACAACAAGAUGGAGUCUGGGUACAGCACAAAUCCAUUCGCUAAUGAAGCUGAAACUGUCAAGCCACCAAGACCAGAGGUGAAGCAGCCCCCAUUUCUGAGAUUGUACUUGGGUGGAACCCCUGUCAAUGUUACUGCCUUAGAAAAGUUUGAGGGAUGUAUCAGGGGGUUCAAGAUUGGAGGACGUCUCAUUGAUCUUCAGAAAAAAUCAAGAAACAUUAAUGGUGUUCAUAAGGGCUGUAAGGAAGGUUGCACAGUAAACCAGUGUUUAAAUGGUGGCGAUUGCAUUGAGAAAUGGGGAGAGGGUCAUUAUGAAUGUGACUGUUCACAAAGCAACUUUGCUGGAAAACGUUGUGAAUUAGAGGCUUCGGGAAUUUUCAAAGGACAGUCGGUGGUUCACUACCAUUUUCAACCCUUUGGUGAAGCAGCUAAAACAAAUACAGAACAAUUCUCCUUUAUCUUCAAGACCAACUGUACAGAUAAAACAAUGGUUAUGUUACUGAUCCUCAGCAGGAAUAGGGGAGACUACAUUGUGAUUUCAUUGAGCACCAGUUUUGUUAGAGCUCUGUGGAAACAAGGAAACAAUUUAUUUGAAGAGAAGCUGAAAGGCCAGUUCUGUGAUGGGAUAGCACACAAAUUCAUGUACAAAAGGGAAAAUGGUCAGAUGUGGAUAAAGGCUGCAGAUGUUCACAGUAUUAACCGAUCACCCUGGAGGAAGAAGUUCACGACAAGCAUGCAUUUAGAUGAUAUGGAUACUGUGCUGGUUGGAGGACUGAUUCCUCGGCUGACUGGAAUGAUGGAACAGAAAUAUGGAGACCCUGAACAGACGGUGAACUUCACUGGUUGUAUAUCAGAGGUAACCUACAUACCAGUGAAUAGAGACAGAACCUUUAUAGUACAGCCAAUGAAGGAACUGAGGGACCUGAAGAAUGGAUCCCUGUUAUUGUUUGGGCCAGAAGUGCUCCAGUGCUCGCCUGUAGACUACGACAUCCAUCCAAUGACCAGCCCAACUUCCCCAGCAUACAUACCCACUACCACAGCCAGCCCACAGCGUGGUAUUACUAUGCCGCCUUGGGAUGUAGGAGCUCCAGAUAUUUACAUCAUUGGAGUGGGAAACAAUAUAACAACUCAUGUUCCAUCCUCCCUAAUCGCAGCAACCACUACCACUACCAUAGAACAGACGUCUAUUGACAUGGGCCUUACCACCGCUGACCAGGGACCUCUAAAUGUAACACUAAUACUGGGAGAAAUCACCACAGAAGACAUGUCCUCAAUGACCGUUUUGAUUGUUUCCUCCGUGGUGACUCUGAUGUGCCUUAUAGCUAUUCUCAUUGCUGUUGUCAUGAGACGAAUGCGUACUCGCUAUGUUACGUAUGAUGUACGUAAGAAAUAUUUAGAUGACAUUGAGAUGAAGGAACCUCUGAACCACAGCAUGGAGACAUACAGUCCCGUUCCUCCGCCUCCGAAAAAGGACAUCCACAUAGCCACAUGGGAUGAAUUCAGUAUGGUGUCUGCCACACUGGGACCUAACAGAAGGAAACAAAAUGGAGUUACCCCUGGAAAAGUUCACACAUUACCAGCAAACCUUAAAAACGCUGAGUACCCAGUUCAAACCACAUUCUUACCAGAAGACAGUAUUAAAUACCCUGUGUACAAUCGUAAAAAGAAUAGGCCUGCUUCCUCUAUAUCAGAAGUUCUAGAGGAAAUGGAGAGGCAACAGAAGGCAAAAGAGCUUGGUGUUGAUCCAGAUCAGUAUGAAGAACCAAAGUCCCACGGAGAGGGGGAACUUGAGUGGGAUCCCCUUGUGGACCGCACUCCGCUAACUAUAGGAAAACACCACGACACAAUAUAUGAGACUCAGGAUGAGGAUUCUGAUGGCAAGAGUCGAGCGACUUCCUCGGAUUCUGAGGAUCCAUUAAAAGUGUUGGAUCAGCAGGAGGACCUGUUACACGAAUAUAACGGUGACAGCGGCUACGAGGCAGAAUCACAGAGAAACGGGGAAGAUGACAUUGACCUUGGUGAUUCCUUAACUCCACCCACUCCUGACAGCUCAAAACUGUAUUAUGACAUUACGGGGGUGACAGAAUCCCCGAAGUGUACCUCCACUCCUAAGAAGAUAAUUGUGGAGUCCGAGGAACAGUUUGUCUAGUCUCCUUGAAUUACAUGGUCCUAUUUGCUUUUUUUUUUUUUUUAUGGUGCUUUGUCAGAUCUGAUGUCUCGCAUGAUACUGAUUUAUGCUCAUUUACUUCAGAGUUUGAAAUAUAUUAAUUAAGGAGUAAAUGUAUUUGUUGUUUGUUUUACAGGGGUAUACAAAGAAUGGAAUACAUGUAAUGAUAAUAUUAAAGUUGUAUAAUCAAUACAACCCAUUCUUUCAUUGUUUUAUAUUACCCCCUUGUAAACAAACUAUACAUUUAUUUCUUAUAUGUAUUAUGGACACGACUUGUAUUUUUUUUUAUGAGUAUCUAGGCUUUUAUUGCAAGUUGAAAGGUCCCUUACAUGUCACAGUGCUCAUAUUGAGACCUUUGAAACAAGAAGGAUCUAUUAUUGACAACACAUUAUGAAUGUAAUUUUUUGGGGUAUAUUUUUCCCUCCUAAAAUAGUGUUCGAAUUUCGUAGGUAAAAAAAAAAUAAAAAAAUUCUGCUCUCCUUUAGUCCUUUAGUGUGCAUCAUGCAGUGGGUGUAAAGGACAAUACUUUCUGUAAACAGUUGUAUUUUUUGGGUUUUUUUUUUUUUUUUUUGGAAUGUUUCAUUAAUGACUUGUUUGAUUGUAUAAAAUGACAAUAGUUAAGUUUAUAUAAGUUAUGGUAUGUAAUUUUGAAAAGUACCAUGAAUAACAUUCCAGAAUGCUUUUAAUAGAUGUCAUUAAUUCUGAUUCUGUCGUAGAUAUAGGUAUCUAGAGGCUAUGGCUGUUGAUAGAUACUUAAAAUUCCAAACAGGCCUGGAGACCGUAGACAAGAGUAUUACUAUAGAGUAUAUUUUCUUUGGGGAUUCUCAAGCAUAUUCUCUUUAGAUACUGAAUUGUUCUUGAAAUUAUAAUGUGCAGUACCACCCAUUAACAUUGCUUGGAAAUAUUAAAAGGUAUAGAAUAAAGUAAUUCUCAGUUGAUGGUCACCAAGCUGGGACUGAAUCACUGCUGUUUCUACCUCUUUGUGAAUAGUGUCUUAAAAAUGAGGAGGGAAAAUGUUUACUGAAUGAGAUUUUUCCUUUGUUUAUUGAAAGUUAAAAAAGAUGGUUUGCCAACAAUGUUGUGAUGCUUUUUUGCAAAAAUAAUUGUUAGUGUGUAUUUGUUGGACAUAGUAUGAUUGAUGUUUUCAUAUUUACAUUCCAAUGAUGAAUUUAAAAGUAUGUUAUAUAUUUAUUGCAAAUAAUGUACUCGUUAUGCAGUUUGAUAAGUGGGGAUAUGACUCUGAAUUGAAGUACAAAGAUUUUGAAGAUGGCACAGAGGAAGCUAUAUGAUGAAUUUCAUUUCAAAUGUAAAUUGAUUUUUAUCAUAUCAUCUACAAACAAACAAGUACUGGAAUCAACUUGUCUAACUGUAGAUGGAGUGGUUUCCAGUUUUUACUGAAGUCUACCUUGAAUCAUUAAUGAGGAUGUGUCCUAUUUAUUUUGUGGUCAAGCUGAGAGGGCCCUGACUUGAGAAAAUUUUUAUUUUUGCCGUAUUAAUUCCUUCAAACUCAAAGUUAUGGAACUUCUUGCACAUACUCCCCAUAAAUCAGGAAGUUGUCUAUUGAUUUUGGAGUUGAAAGAAAUACCAACCAUUGGAAAAUGAUUUGAAGAUCACUUUAGUCAUUGAGAUGAAAUUAAAGGGAGCAUGUCCUGUUAAGACAGCUGUAGUUACUAUCGUCCCUGUCAGAGUUGUUUUUCUUGCAUUAUAUAGGUGCAAACCUCGCCUCUAAUUCUCUUUAUUCAAGGCAGCAUUAUUGAGUAUUGUAGAGAUGUAUUGAUAAGGAGUCAUUCAAAAUUCAUUAACUUUCACAUUUUUCACCAAUAUACAUGUUACCAAAGAAGUGCAAUAGAUAAUAAAUAAUUCAUUACAAUG